CUAUUUUUCUUUGUGGUUUUCACAUGUAAUAUCAAGUAGCAGCCUGUUGACAUGGUUAGAUUAACCACCCUGCCACAAUACAACAGCUGCACUGCAGAGUCUCUCUGUGAUCUCUCAGAAUGGACGCCUACACUGAUUAUACAGAUGACUAUAAUGACAAUGACACCUUUAUUGACAUGCUUAAUAUUAGUGUCUGCACUUCACACCUCCAUGGUGCCAACGUUUUCCUUCCCAUUGCAUAUUACCUCAUAUUUUUCACUGGCUUUUUGGGAAACCUCUUUGUGAUCACAGUCGUGGGCAGAAAAGGUAGGAGAGGUGGGCGACUGGUGGACACCUUCAUCAUCAACCUGGCCCUGGCCGACCUCAUCUUUGUCCUCACUCUGCCGCUGUGGGCCAUCUCUGCCAGCCAGAAUGGAAGCUGGAACUUUGGAGAAGCUGGGGACCUGCUGUGCAAGCUGAGCAGCUAUGUGAUCGCUGUGAACCGCUUCUCCAACAUUUUCUUUCUCACCUGCAUGAGCAUUGACCGCUACCUGGCCGUGGUGAAGCUGAUGGACUCGAGGUACCUGAGGAGCAGUCGGUGCAUUCGUGCCACCUGUGCUGCAGUCUGGCUGAUCUCCCUGGUGCUUGGCAUCCCAUCCUUGUUGUACCGAGAAGUGGUGAAUUCUGAUGAGGGAACAUCCUGUGUGGAAAAUAACAAUUCGUCCUUUUUUCUUUGGCUGAGCCUGACCAUGGCAUUACUCACGUUUGUGUUUCCAGUGCUGAUCAUCGUGCUCUGCUACGGCACCAUUGUCGUGCAUCUCAACAAGCACUGUGUGGCUGCUGUAAACCCUCGAGCUGAGGCCCGCCGGAGACACUCCCUCAAGAUGGUCCUGUCGAUUAUAGUGGCCUUUGUGGUGUCCUGGCUCCCGUUCAACAUUUUCAAAGCCAUCAUAAUUGGCUCACAGCUCUGGGACAUCACUCUGAGUUGUGAAACGAAGACAUGGCAGACAAAUGGGCUCGUCAUCUCAUGCUGCCUGGCAUUCUUCAACAGCUGUGUGAAUCCAGCCAUUUACUUUUUCCUGGACCAUUACUUCAGACGGCGCGCCGAGUACCUGUACAAGACCUGCACAGGAAAGCCGAAGCUGCUGCACAGUCACAACUCUUCGGCUUCCUUCACCAAUGCCGGCACCUCAGAGAGCUUUGGAAUAACAGGUGGGAGAACCCAGCUUCAGAUGGUUGAGUAGGCGGAAAGGAUGGACUCUUAUCUUUAACUUUGAAGGUAGUAAAGAUAUUGUUCUAUCAUCCUUUAAGAAUUGUGUAGCAACUUGUUAUGUUCAUCGUGAUAAUGAGAAACUUUGUGUAUAGUUUGCUGUUGAGGAGAUGUUUCAUAUUAAAUAAAACCAAACACAAAGUAUGAGAAGAUUUGUUAAUGUAGGGUCGUAUGCAGAAGAGACUUUUUUCACUUAGUCCAAUAAUGUAAAUUUCUUUUGUGAUGCAUUUUCUAUGCCGUUUAUCUUGCUUAAACUGAACCAUUUAGUACAGUAGUGUUGAUUUAUGUGUGAGUAUUUACCAGUAUGUUGUUUGUACAAAACUCUUCAUUGUGUGUAGCAUUAGUAGAGUAAAAUUUAUCAAUUUGGCAGAGUAAAUAUGAUAUACAAAUAUAACAUAAAAAUUGAUUUGGUACAUGUUUCCUAUGUUGUUGUUGUAUUUUUUAACUGUUUAUUUUCUUACAUCAAAGUCAAGAAUUGCAUUAUUCUGUUAUUGUAAAAUGUUUGAUGCUUGAGUGAUGUUUCAUGAAAUGUGUAUAUUGCUGUAAUAAUCAAAGUUGCAUUUCUAGAAUAAAAAUGUAAUAAAAUCA